CAUCACUAUUGUGCUGCACUGGCUGAUCUGACUAUUUUAGAGACUGCUUAUCUGUUUGCAUUUUCCAGCACAAACAUCUGUAUAAUUUACAGAGAGUGGUACCUGCCUUCAUAAAACACUUUAAUCUUUCAUUAUCAUAUUGGGAUCAUGCUGCUGUUCAUUUGUUUGUUUUUGUUUUUUCACAUUGUGUAAUAAUCACUGGCAGCCACAUCUAAAAAAUAGAUCCUAGAUGAGUGAUUGUUUCUGUGGCAACACUUGCAACAAUGCAAGAGGCUGUGAAACCAUAAGUUUGAUUCUCAGUUUCCUUUUAAUCCUUUUUUAUCUUUCUUAUCAUCACAUUCAGUCACUAUUUGCUUGUGUCCCUUCGUUGGACACCAAGGUCUGGAUGAGCAGCAGGUCUGUGACCAGGAGAGGAGCUCCAGUCUCAACCAGGAGGACCCAGAGCCUCCACAGACUAAAGAAGAACAGGAGGAAAUCUGCAGCAGUGAGGAAGGAGAGCAGUUUGAACUGAAGCAGAAGGAUGAAAGCAUUCAUGUCUGGACCGGGGAAGAGCUGGAUUUGUUGUGUAAACCUGGAGUAAAGCUGACCAGAAUGGGUCUGGAUGAUCAGCAGGUCUUUGACCAGGAGAGGAGCUCAAGUCUCCACCAGGAGGACCCAGAGCCUCCACAGACUAGAGAGGAAGAGGAGGAAAUGUGCAGCAGUGAGGACGGAGAGCAGCUUGAACUGGAGCAGGAGGCUGAAGGCCUUAAUGUGUGGACUGGGGAAGAGGUGGAUUUGUUGUGGAAAUCUGGAGUAAAGCUGACCACAGUAGACCUCCCACAGCAACAUGAUUAUAAGGAAAAUGAGGAUCUGGAUGACCCACAGGUCUGUAGCCAGGAGAGGAACUCCAGUCUCAACCAAGAAGACCCGGAACAGGAGGAAAUGUGCACCAAUCAGGAAGGAGAGCAGCUUGCACGUAACCAGGAAACCAAAGGCAUCAUCGUCUGGACUGGGCAGGAACUAGGCACCAUGUGGAACCCUGAAGUAAAGUUAAACAGAAUAGAUUUACCACAACAUGACUGUAGGGAUGACGGAAGGCUCACAGAUCAGCAGGUCUGUAACCGGAAGAACAACUCCACUCUGGACCAGGAGGAUCCUUUGCAGAUUAAAGGGAAACAGGAGAAACUCAGUACCACUCAAGAGGGAAAACCGCUUGUACAAAAGCAGGAGACUCGAACAUUUCCUGCCUGUAAAGAAAGUGACCACAGAGAACCAGGACCAAGCAGUGACCAGCUCCUUUCUCACAACUCUCCUGACACAGAUAAGGACGAAAGAAAGGAUGAUAAUUCACACAGUAUAAAGUCGGCGCAAAUUGUAUCAGGACUGACAGUUCAAAAUUCCAAGACAGCACAUUUAUGUAGCACCUAUGGGAAAAAAAUUAAUUCUAAACCAAACUUGAAUCAACAUAUACAAAUUCACAAAGGUGAGAAACCACAUUCUUGCGGCACCUGUGGGAAAAGAUUUAGUUUUAUGUCAGACGUGAAAAGACACAUGCAAAGUCACAUAGGUGAGAAGCCACAUUCUUGUAGUACCUGUGGGAAAAGAUUUCGUUGUAAUUCAGACUUGACUAGGCACAUCAAAACUCACACAGGUAAGAAACAAUAUUCUUAUAGCACUUGUGGGAAAAAAUUUAAUUUAAAAUCAAGUUUGAAAUCCCACAUAACAAUUCACACAGGUGAGAAGCCAUAUUCCUGUAGAACAUAUGGGGAAAGAUUUAGUCUAAACACACAGUUGAAGAGACAUAUGCAAAUUCACACAGGUGAGUGGCCAUAUUCCUGUAGCACUUGUGGGAAAGGAUUUAAUUUUAAAUCAAGGUUGAAAUCCCACAUAACAAUUCACACAGGUGAGAAGCCAUAUUCCUGUAGCACAUGUGGGGAAAGAUUUCGUCUAAACAUACAGUUGAAGAGACAUGCAAAUUCACACAGGUGAGAAGUCUGAGUCACAGAGAGGGCCCAAACUGUCCAAAGUUGUAGAAUCCCCUAAUUAGUGAAAUUUAUAGCUUACAUUUAUUAGUGCAACUUGUUUUAAAGGCAUGAAAAUCUGUAGUAUUAAUAGGGCUGGACAUCGUCACUGAUUUCUAGAAUCGAUUCGAUUCCGAUUCAUAAGGUCUCGAAUCGAUUCGAUCCACAAUUUGAUUUGAGUCAAUUUGAAUCUGGGAAAUUUUGCCUCAGUUAGAAAUAUUAUUAUUCUGAUCACGUAUCAGUACAUAUCCAUAUUUUUAUAUCUAUAAAAAGGAAGCUGACACUUGCGAGACUUUAUCAAAGGUGUAAGCAGCAUUUGUGUAAGUAAUUGAGGAUAAAAGACAGAAAAACAUGAAGACAAUCAGGGGAGAUUUUAGCACAUUUUUGGGGGUGCUUCAGUGUUUCAAUAUUUAUCUUUUAUUAGAUCGUGUGGUUUGGUUAUUUGGUUAUUUAUGCAAGACAAAUGUUGAAUAUUGUAGAGGAAGCAAAGUUGUGUAAAUUGGAUACACUGGUCAAAGUGAGACAUUAAUAAAAACAUUCUAUAAAUAAUUGUUUUUAAGAAAAAAAAUUGUAAACAAUUAAAGAAAUAAAUCUAGUUUAAAAUUGGAAUUAAAUAAGUUUAAAGAAAAAAUAUGGAUAAUUAUAUAAUAAAGGAUGAGCAGCUGGUGACUCCUCUCCAAUAAAGGGGUUUAGAAGUGCCCUGGGAGUCUUCAUUUUUAUCUUUGUUGGCUUUUGGCCUGCAUGUGAUUAAGGAAAACACUGUAGAGGGCUUUACUUUUCUUUCUAAAUUUUUGUUUAUCUCGUCUGUUCAAUAAAACUGUUGGCACCA